GUUCCAGCUAACCUUGCUUCCAAGCCACAACAAGGCCGAGUGUCCCAAGCCCCGUGUCAUGAAGUGUCGACACUGCAACGAGGAGGGCCAUCUUAUCCGUGAUUGCCCCACUGCUCCCCCCCAGGAAUUUACUGGUGAAUGCCGAUAUUGCAAGAAGGAAGGCCACAUGGCAAAGGAUUGUCCUGAGAAACCACCCAUAGUCUGCCACAAUUGCAAAGAGGAGGGUCAUACUGCUAUGGAGUGCAAGAAUGCGCGCAAUGUUGACUUCUCGGGUGUCCGCGAUGUUGAUGACGUCGUCGCUUGGGAGAGUAUCAAAAAGGCGGCCUCCGAGCGUGACCUCACGGAUGUCAAAGAAGCUACUCGAGAAUAUCUCAAGUCUCAUCGGGAGAUGACCUAUGUCGAGCUCGAGGCCGCAUUUCGUGCCCAGGGGGUUGGCGUGUUCCUAAUCGCCACCGAGAAGCCUUCGAUGGUUUCGACCUACACCAACAUGGAUCUUCAGGGCAACCUUGACAAGAAGUACUGCGUCACUUAUCGUCUCAACGACAAGCCUGCGCGUCCUCGAGAGGCUGAGUUUUGGCCCCGAUCACCGGAAGAGAACAUGGAGCGUCUCAAGGACGCUGGUGAGACUGUCGAGCGCGGUGUGGCCAAGUGCAGCAACUGUAACGAGCUCGGUCAUAUCGCGAAGCGAUGCCCCCACGAGAAGGUGGAGAAAGAACGCAUCGCCAUCAUGUGCUAUAAUUGCGAGGCUCCUGGCCAUCGUAUCCGGGAUUGUACGCCGAGCUAAUUCUUCUCGUUUCCAUCACCGGCUAACUCAGACCAGGUCCCCAUCCACGGGUGAAUCGAUUUACGUGCAAUAACUGCGGGUAUG